UCAUACCCUCUCCACAGUCCCUCCGAUUCCCGUUUUUCCCCAUCCCCGAAAUAACAAAAAUGCCACUGUAGUCUGUGGUAGAUUCUCUCAGAUUCAGAGACGACACCCGCAGAUCUCCUGCUGCACCGCCACCGAUUGCCGUCGUUUAUAGGUUUCGACGAUGAAACUUCUCGGCAAUGUCGAUUUCCUCAAGAGCCCAACAGCGAUCAAAUUCUCGGCCUUCAUUUUCAUAUCCGUUUCUUUCUUUUACUUAGGGAAACACUGGUCCGACGGUUCCCGCCAGCUCAUCUUCUUCUCCCGCCAAUCGCCUACUGGAACGACGCCGUCUUUGGCUACCAUUGCUUAUUCUCCUAAUCUUAAUAAAGAAUUCAACAUAUCUGCUCUCAUUAACACCACCGAACCGGAAACCGAACCGAAACCAGCGGGUUCAGUUAACAGCAAAGAAAACUUGGUGUCGGUGUCGGAGCCAGCUGCACCUCCUCCGCCGGAUCGGAUCAAGAGUUACGGGAUCGUGGAUGAGAAUGGGACGAUGUCGGAUGAGUUUGAGAUCGGGGAGUUCGACCCGGAUUUGGUGGAGAAUUGGGGGAACGGAACGGAGAUUGAGGCGGAAACGGAGAAGGAGGCUGUUAGAGUUACGUUUAGGGUUAAGAAGUUUGGGCUUUGUAAAGAGAAUAUGAGAGAGUAUAUACCCUGUUUGGAUAACGUGGAAGCCAUUAAGAGGCUUAAAUCGACGCACAGAGGGGAGAGAUUUGAACGGCAUUGUCCGGAGAAAGGAAAAGGAUUAACUUGCUUGGUUCCGGCUCCGAAAGGGUACAAGCCUCCGAUCCCGUGGCCUAGGAGCCGUGAUGAGGUAUGGUUCAGCAAUGUUCCUCAUACGCGUCUAGUAGAUGACAAAGGUGGUCAAAAUUGGAUUGCGAGAGCAAAAGAUAAAUUCAAGUUUCCUGGAGGUGGUACACAGUUCAUACAUGGGGCGGACCAAUACCUGGAUCAGAUUUCUAAGAUGGUCCCUGAGAUUACAUUUGGUAAUCAUAUUCGAGUUGUUCUGGAUGUUGGAUGUGGUGUGGCAAGUUUCGGUGCAUAUUUGCUAUCUCGGAAUGUUAUAACCAUGUCAAUAGCUCCGAAAGAUGUCCAUGAAAACCAGAUUCAAUUUGCACUUGAGCGUGGAGUGCCUGCAAUGGUGGCUGCAUUUGUAACUCGCCGCCUACUUUACCCAAGUCAAGCCUUUGAUUUAAUACAUUGUUCUAGAUGUCGUAUCAAUUGGACUCGUGAUGAUGGAAUUUUGCUCCUUGAGGUGAAUAGAAUGCUUAGGGCUGGUGGAUAUUUUGCUUGGGCAGCACAGCCAGUUUACAAGCACGAAGAAGCCCUUGAGGAACAGUGGAAAGAGAUGCUUGACCUUACUACUAACCUCUGCUGGAACCUUGUAAAGAAGGAAGGAUAUAUUGCAAUAUGGCAGAAACCCUUUAAUAACAGCUGCUAUUUAAGCCGUGAAACUGGGACCAGUCCUCCUUUGUGUGAUCCAGAUGAUGACCCAGAUAAUGUUUGGUAUGUUGAUCUGAAAGCAUGCAUCAGUCGACUUCCUGAGAACGGAUAUGGUGCCAAUGUUGUUCCUUGGCCUGCUCGUCUGCAAACUCCACCUGACAGGCUGCAGAGCAUACAAAUUGAUUCCUACAUAGCUAGGAAAGAGCUUUUCAAGGCAGAAUCAAAAUACUGGAAUGAAAUAGUGGCAAGCUAUGUCCGUGCUCUACAUUGGAAGAAGUUUAAACUGAGAAAUAUAUUGGACAUGAGAGCUGGCUUUGGAGGAUUUGCAGCAGCCUUAAUUGACAAUCAACUUGAUGCGUGGGUUCUAAAUGUGGUCCCUGUUAGUGGGCCCAAUACCUUGCCUGUUAUUUAUGAUCGUGGAUUAAUAGGGGUCAUGCAUGAUUGGUGUGAACCAUUUGAUACAUACCCAAGGACCUAUGAUUUCUUGCAUGCAGCUGGCCUCUUCUCAACUGAGAGGAAAAGAUGUAAUAUGUCCACAAUCAUGCUUGAAAUGGAUCGGAUAUUGAGACCUGGUGGACGAGUAUACAUCCGUGAUUCUCUUGAUGUUAUGGAUGAACUUCAAGAUAUCGCAAAAGCCAUGGGUUGGCACCCAUCUCUACGUGAUACAUCUGAGGGUCCUCAUGCAAGUUACAGGAUCUUGACAUGUGACAAGCGCCUACUUCGUGGUUGAACCAAUGGAAACUAAAAACUCAAGUUGCAUAUAGUUGGUGUUAACCAAUGCGAAUUGAAAAGCUAAUUAGACAGGCUAAUUGUCUCUUGUGCACGGUCAUUCCAGUGUAAAAGAAAACAGGACGAUUAUUGAAAUUUCAACUGCCACGUAGAGGAUUAAAUUGUUCAUUCAUUGACCAGGGGACAUCAAAUUCUUACAGUGGGUGAGAAGCCUGCUACAGGAAGAUAAAGCCAGAUAUGAAGGGAAGCCUGAUAUCUUUCAGCUCCUUCUGUAACUUAAAUGUAACAUAUAUUUUGAUACUAGGCAAGAUUUUGUUUUAUUCAGGGCAGUUGUAGGAUCAUUUAUUUUAUUUUUAUUUUAUUUCAUUGGAAUGAUACAGGAAAAUGUUAAUUUUUUAAGUUAAAAGUAAUCUCUAUUCCCCUGUUCGAAUAUUUUGAUUA